AUUUUUGAGUGCCCCAGUGGAUUGUCAGUGCGUCCAACAUGGAGCAGAUGUUUGGCUCCAUGAAUUCACUCUGAUCUAGAAUUCUUUUCCAGCUGCUGGAGGAAAACAUUGUAACUUUUGUGAAGAAAGAGCUGAAGAAGAUCCAGAAGCUUCUGAAUCAGAAGACAGAUGAGGAGGAGCUGAAGGAUGAAGAUGAAAAGCAGAAGAGCAGCAGGGAGUCACUGAUGAAGAUCACAGAGAACUUCCUGAGGAAAAUGAAGCAGGAGGAGCUGGCUGAUCGAUUGCAUAGCAGAUCUUCUGCUGCAGUUUGUCAACAUAAAGUCCAAUCUGGGUUGAAGAAGAAGUUCCAGUGUUUGUUUGAGGGGAUAACCAAAGCAGGAAACUCAAUCCUUCCUAAUGAGAUCUUUACAGAUCUCUACAUCACAGAGGGAGGAACUGGAGAGUUGAAUGAAGAACAUGAGGUCAGACAGAUUGAAGCAGCAUCCAGGAAAGCAGACAGAGCAGAAACAAGCAUCAGACAAGAAGAGCUCUUUAAACUCCCAGCUGGAAGACAAGAACCAAUCAGAACUGUGAUGACAAAGGGAGUGGCUGGCAUUGGGAAAACAGUCUUAACACAGAAGUUCACUCUGGACUGGGCUGAAGGCAAAGCUAACCAGAACAUCAACUUCAUAUUUCCAUUCACUUUCAGAGAGCUGAAUGUGCUGAAAGAGGAGAAGUUCAGCUUGGUGGAACUUGUUCAUCACUUCUUCCCUGAAACCAAAGAAGCAGGAAUCUGCAGCUUUGAAGACUUCCAGAUCAUCUUCAUCUUUGAUGGUCUGGAUGAGGGUCGACUUCCACUGAACUUCCACAAGACUUGGACACUAAAUGACCCUAGAAAGUCAACCACAGUGGGUGAUCUGCUGACAAACCUCAUUAGAGGGACCUUGCUCCCCUCUGCUCACCUCUGGAUCACCACACGACCUGCAGCAGCCAGUCAAAUUCCUCCUAGAUAUGUUGACAUGGUGACAGAGGUCAGAGGGUUCAAUAACCCUCAAAAGGAUGAGCAUUUCAAGAAGAGAUUCAGAGAUGAAGAGCAGGCCAACAGAAUCAUCUCCCACAUCAAGAGAUCCCGAAGCCUCCACAUCAUGUGCCACAUCCCAGUUUUCUGCUGGAUCACUGCUACAGUUCUGGAGGAUCUGCUGAAGAGCACAGAGGGAGGAGAGCUGCCCAAGAGCCUGACUGAGAUGUACAUCCACUUCCUGGUGGUUCAGGCCAAAGUAAAGAAGGUCAAGUAUGAUGGAGGAGCUGAGACAGAUCCUCACUGGAGUCCAGAGAGCAGGAAAAUGAUGGAGUCUGUGGCAAAACUUGCUUUUGAGCAGCUGCAGAAAGGCAACCUGAUCUUCUAUGAAUCCGACCUGAAAGAGUGUGGCAUCGAUAUCAGAGCAGCCUCAGUGUACUCUGGAGUGUUCACACAGAUCUUUAGAGAGGAGCGAGGGCUGUACCAGGACAUGGUGUUCUGCUUCAUCCAUCUGAGUGUUCAGGAGUUUUUGGCUGCUCUUCAUGUUCAUCUGACCUUCAUCAACUCUGGAGUCAACCUAAUGGAGAAAGAACUGAAAAAACCCAAGCUCUGUAAUCUGAACCAAAGCAGUCCAGUCCAGUUUUACCAGAGUUCUGUGAAAAAGGCCUUACAGAGUCCGAACACCUGGGCUUGCUCCUCCGCUUCCUUCUGGGUCUUUCAUUGCAAAUCAAUCAGAGUCUCCUACGAGGUCUGCUGACUCAGAAAAGAAUUAGCUCACUGUCCAAUCAGGAAACAGUCCAGUACAUCAAGAAGAAGAUCAGUCAGAAUCUGUCUGCAGAUAAAAGCAUCAACCUGUUCCACUGCCUGAAUGAACUGAAUGAUGAUUCUCUUGUGGAGGAGAUCCAACAGUCCCUGAGGUCAGGACAUCUCUCCAUAGAUAAACUGUCUCCUGCUCAGUGGUCGGCUCUGGCCUUCAUUUUACUGUCAUUAGAAGAUUAUCUGGAAGUGUUUGACCUGAAGAAAUACUCUGCUUCAGAGGAGGCUCUUCUGAGGCUUCUGCCAGUGAUCAAAGCCUCCAACAAAGCUCUACUGAGUGGCUGUAACCUGUCAGAGAGAAGCUGUGCAGCUCUGUCCUCAGUUCUCAGCUCUCGGUCCUCCAGUCUCAGAGAUUUGGACCUGAGUAACAACAAGCUGCAGGACUCGGGAGUGAAACUUCUGUCUGAUGGACUAAAGAGUCCACACUGUGAACUGGAGACUCUCAGUCCUCCCCCAGCAUUAUGUGACCGAAGAAGAAAAUCUCUGCAACCAGCAAAGGAACUCAAGAAUGGAACAGGAGGAACCACAGAUUAAGGAGGAACUGGGGGAACCAGAAGAUCCACAGAUUAAGGAGGAACAGGAGGAACCAGAAAUUCCACAGAUUAAGGAGGAAGAGGGGGAACGAGAAGCUCCACAGUUUAAAGAGGAACAGGAGGAACCAGAGGCUCCACAGUUUAAAGAGGAACAGGAGGAACCAGAGGCUCCACAGUUUAAAGAGGAACAGGAGGAACCAGAAGCUCCACAGUUUAAAGAGGAACAGGAUAAACCAGAACAUCCACAGAUUAAAGAGGAGCAAGAAAAGUUCUUCAUCUGUCAGGAUGAAGAGCAGUUUGAUAUGAAGCAGGAGACUGAUACCGUUAUGAAGAUUCCUACUUAUGAGGAAAAUGAGUACAGUGAAGCAGAUCUAAACAAUCAGCAGAGCUUUAAUGUAAUUUAUAGUCAGGAUCAAGAAGGAUCCCAGCAGGAAGAAUCAUCAACUACAGAUGAAGAGACCCACUCUCAAAACAGAGAUCAGAGUAAGAGAGGAAACACAAGUCAUGUCCAAAAUGUGGACAGCUCUCACAUUUCACAGUGUCAAUUUGACACUAAUGUUCUGAUUGCUCAAAAAGUUUCCGUCUGCAAGAGAAAUAAGUCUGAUAAACGACCUCAUGUCUGUGAAGAAUGCGGUAAAAGUUUUAGUUAUUGGUCUAAGUUCAGACUUCACAUGAGAAGCCACACAGGCGAAAAGCCGUUUUCUUGUCAAGAAUGUGAAACAAGUUUUAAGACUAAAUCAAGUCUUAAAGUACACAUGAAAACUCAUACAGGAGAGAAGCCUUUUUCUUGCAAAGAAUGUGAUAAAUGUUUUUGUGAAAAAUCUCAUCUCAAAAGACACAUGAGAAUUCAUACAGGAGAGAAGCCUUUUUCUUGUCAAGAAUGUGACACAAGAUUUAGUCGAAUAUCUAGUCUCAAAACGCACAUUAUAAUUCAUACAGGAGAAAAGCCAUUUUCUUGUAAAGAAUGCAAUAAAAGUUUUCGUGAAAAGUCUCAUCUCAAAAGACACAUGAGAACUCACACGGGAGAGAAGCCUUUUUGUUGUCAAGAAUGUGACACAAGUUUUAGUCUUAAAUCUCAUCUUGAAACACACAUGAGAACUCACACAGGAGAGAAGCCUUUUUCUUGUCAAGCAUGUGAUAAAAGUUUUAGUCAAAUAUCUCAUCUAAAAAGACACUUGAGGACGCAUACAGGAGAGAAGCCCUUUUCUUGUCAAGAAUGUGAUGCAAGUUUUAGUCAAAUAUCUCACCUUAAAAGACACAUGACGACUCACACCGGGGAGAAACCUUUUACUUCUUAGAAAUCAAAUUGAAACAUGCGUUUUUAAAACUCUGAGCUUCCGUCUAGACUUUGGUCCUUCCAGAAGCAACUGAUCUGAGAGACCGGGGUGGAGAAUAAGGAGAGAAAAGCUUAGAGAGGUAUAACGGGGCAGCACCAUGGAAAGAAAUAAAAAUAUAUUAUAAUGAAGCUAAAAUGCACAGGCACUAGGGUUGGGCGAUGUCCCUUAAAUUGGCCGUUGACGAUGUUUGCUGUCA